UUUCAAAUAAAGUUUUACAUCAAACUUACGAUUCCAACGCUAUAUUCAUUGUCAUCCUUUCUCUCAUGACAUCACUACUGAUGCCAAUAAAGUUUCCACAACUGUUCGCGCAUUCAUUACAAUUGUUUAACUUUUGUUUCAAAUCAAUAACUAAUUGGAUUCAAUGUUUCGACUAAAUGUUUAGUGAAAUUGUAUGCAAAAAGUGAAUUCAUUUUCGAAAAUAUGAAAUAAUUUUUUAAUUGUUUAUCGCAUUUGAAAAGUCUCUGUCAUUAACGUUGCCUUGAAGUCAGUGAUAGAGGAAAACAAGCCAUCAAAUAAUUAUUCAACUUUUUUGAAGCACUUUUCAAAUGAAUUUUCUCUCAUACGAUAGUGAAUAUAAUUGUGCACUCAUUUGGCAACUGUUUUCUAACUAAACAUCACAUACUUUUACUAUACAAUUAUCGUAACAUAAGUACCAGUAGUGGCACCAGUAGUCUUACCACUGGAUCAUCGACUCAACCCAACAUCAAAAAACAGAGGCGUCGCACACAUCGGUUCCCAUCUUAGGAUGAAUAACAACAACAGCGCGAAGAAAGUGAAAAUGAAUGGCAACGGAGAGUCCGUUAUCGACAAUAUUCGCCGGGAAUACAGCGACUAUAAGGGAGGAGCUCUUCAGCUCACCAAAGACGACACCACAGGAAUCGCCGACAUUUGCAUCAAUGCUUUCGAGCGGAGGAAUGCGUUGUCCGGGACUAUGAUGUCACAGCUGUCGGACAUCAUCACCCAAUUGGAGCAAUGGGAACAAGGAAAGGCUGUCAUAAUCCACGGCUCGAAUGGAUUUUUCUCAUCGGGCGGUGAUCUCAAUACUGUCCGCAAUAUCGACAACUCCGACGGCGGGCGACGAAUGGCUCUCUUAAUGCACGACAAUUUGAGUCGAUUACAAGCCUUACCGCUGCUAUCAGUGGCUCUAAUAGAGGGCAAGGCGUUGGGCGGCGGCGCGGAACUGACGACUGCCUGUGAUUUUCGGGUCAUGUCUCGGGAGGCGGAGAUCGGUUUCGUUCACAUCAAGUUAGGCGUGACUACGGGGUGGGGCGGCGGCACUCGUUUAGUGCAAAUGCUGGGCCCGUGUAAGGCAUUAGAUGUGAUGAUGUCGGGCCGACUCAUCAAAGCCGCCGAGGCUUUAAAUAUAGGACUCGUGCAACACGUGAUCAGUGAUUGCGAUACAAACGACUCUAAUUGUGUUUUGAGUAAAUGCCACGAAUGGCUCAACAGUUACACCAGACAUAACGCGGCGACCCUUAGGGCCAUCAAAGGCAUAGUCAACUCCGCCCGUUGGCUGCCCACCGAUGAGGCCCUCAAGAAGGAAGUGGAGUACUUUGCGUCGGUAUGGGGCGGACCGGCUCAUCAAAAGGCUUUAGGCAGUAAUAUUAAACACAAAUAAGUCGAUUGUUAUGUAGUUUUUAUACAUUUAAUUGUUAUUUCAAUUACUUUUUUAUUUGAUUUUUUGUUUUUAUGGUUUGAUUAGAAAAUAAUAAUAUAAUAUACAAUAAUGUUAUGAUUACUAAUAA